AUGAAGCGGUGGUCCAGUUACCUAUUGGGAUGGACUGCCUUUCUCCUCUAUACCUCUGAGACAAAUGGAGGUGAGUACAACUCAUGCGUCUUUCCCUUCAUCUAUAAAGGGACUACGUAUUUUUCAUGCAUCAAAACCAAUAGCUUAUCUCCUUGGUGUGCAACCAGAGCAGUUUACGAUGGAAAUUGGAAGCACUGUGAAAAGGAAGAUUACCCACGAUGCAUCUUCCCUUUUGUCUAUCACGGAAAGUCCUUUAAAAGCUGCACCACGGAAGGCAGCUGGUUGGGAAAACUGUGGUGCUCAGUGACGUCCAGUUUUGAUGAGAAGCAGCAGUGGAAAUACUGUGAAACAAAUGAAUACGGGGGAAAUUCUUUCAGCAAGCCCUGCAUUUUCCCCUCCACCUACAGAAACGACCUCAUCACUGAGUGCAUUGACAAUGAAAACCACCUCUGGUGCCCCACCACAGAGAAUAUGGACAAGGAUGGAGAGUGGAGCAUCUGUGCAGAUACCAGAAUCACCUCACUGGUUUUUGGCCCUCCCUGUCACUUCCCAUUCAACUAUAAGAACAAGAAUUAUUUCAACUGCACAACCAAAGGAUCAAAGGAGAACUUUUUAUGGUGUGCCACGUCUUACAACUAUGACCAGGACCACACCUGGGUAUAUUGCUAA